GGCCGGAGCAGCAGCGAGGAGGAGACACCAACGGCUUAACCCAAAGGCAGAAAACAUAGAAGCACAUACUGCAUCCAUGUUUGGGAAAAGAUAGUUACUACGGACAAAGGGGAUAAACAUCGACGACAUAAGAAAGAUGAGUAUGUUAAAACCAAGUGGGCUUAAGGCUCCUACCAAGAUCAGCAAGCCUGGAAGUACAGCAUUGAAAACAGCUGCAUCUGUUGCUGCUGCUCCAGCAGAAAAAGCAGUGUCCAGUGAAAAGCCGUCAAGUACACCCACCUCGGAGGCACAUGAUGACUUUGUGGAUGACUUCAGAGUUGGGGAGCGUGUUUGGGUCAAUGGAAACAAACCUGGCUUUAUUCAGUUUCUUGGAGAAACACAGUUUGCUCCAGGACAGUGGGCAGGGAUUGUUCUAGAUGAACCCAUUGGCAAGAAUGAUGGCUCUGUAGCUGGAGUUCGCUAUUUCCAGUGUGAACUUUCACGGGGAAUAUUUACAAGGCCAUCAAAGCUGACAAGAAAAGUGCUGGCAGAAGAUGAAGCCAAUGGUACACAGACAGCUAAUGCUUCUAGAGCUACUUCACCAACCUCCACAUCAGCUGUUAGUAUGGUGUCUUCUCCCCCUGCAGCAGCUCCCCCUACAGGAAUUCCUCAAAAGACUUCUCCACCAGCUGGCAAGGAACACUUUACUCCUACUCAAAUUAGCAACCUGUCAAAAACUGCAAGUGAAUCUAUAUCAAACCUCUCUGAAGCUGGGUCUGUAAAGAAAGGAGAAAGAGAACUCAAAAUUGGAGAUCGAGUUUUGGUUGGUGGCACCAAAGCUGGAGUAGUACGUUUUCUGGGGGAAACUGACUUUGCUAAAGGAGAGUGGUGUGGAGUAGAAUUAGAUGAGCCUCUGGGAAAGAAUGAUGGAGCAGUGGCUGGAACAAGGUAUUUUCAGUGUCAGCCGAAAUAUGGCUUAUUUGCACCGGUCCACAAAGUUACCAAGAUUGGAUUUCCAUCAACCACACCAGCUAAAGCCAAGGCAACUGUGAGAAAAGUGGUUGCAACGCCGUCAGCUCUGAAACGCAGUCCAAGUGCAUCUUCCCUGAGUUCUCUCAGUUCUGUGGCAUCAUCAGUAAGCAGCAAGCCAAGCCGUACAGGACUAUUAACAGAAACAUCUUCCCGAUAUGCAAGAAAAAUUUCUGGCACCACUGCUCUCCAGGAGGCUCUGAAGGAGAAGCAGCAGCAUAUUGAACAGCUUCUGGCAGAGAGGGACCUGGAGAGGGCUGAGGUUGCUAAAGCAACAAGUCAUGUAGGGGAAAUAGAGCAGGAGCUGGCAUUGGCUCGAGAUGGACAUGAUCAGCAUGUACUGGAAAUGGAAGCAAAAAUGGACCAGUUGCGAGCUAUGGUCGAAGCUGCUGAUAGGGAGAAAGUGGAGCUUCUCAACCAGCUUGAGGAAGAGAAAAGGAAGGUGGAGGAUCUUCAGUUCCGCGUAGAGGAAGAGUCCAUUACCAAAGGAGACCUAGAGGUGGCCACAGUAUCAGAAAAAUCUCGCAUCAUGGAACUAGAAAGAGAUCUAGCAUUGCGGGUGAAGGAAGUAGCUGAGCUCCGAGGGAGAUUAGAGUCUAGUAAGCCAGUCAGUGAUGUGGACAGUUCUCUCUCACUGCUUCAAGAAAUAAGUUCUUUGCAAGAAAAAGUGGCAGAAAUUAGCAAAGAACAUCAACAUGAAAUAAAUUCACUAAAAGAGAAGUUUGGAAUCAGUGAAGAAUCUUAUCAGAAGGAGAUCAAAGCACUUUCAGCCUCACAUGAAAGAAUUGCAAAAGAAAAUGAGUUGCUGAAAACUAAGCUUGAUCGUGCCAACAAGGAGAAUUCAGAUGUGAUAGAGCUGUGGAAAUCAAAGCUGGAAUCUGCUAUUGCUUCACAUCAGCAAGCAAUGGAAGAACUAAAGGUUUCAUUCAGCAAAGGUGUUGGGGCUCAGACUGCUGAAUUCGCAGACCUAAAGACCCAGGUUGAGAAAAUGAGAUUAGAGCAUCAAAAUGAAACGUCAAAUUUAAAACUAAAACAAGAAAACGAAAGAUCUCAGCAUAUGAAAGAGAUUGAAGCUCUGAAAGCGAAGCUAUUGGAAAUCACUGAGGAGAGAGAGCGAAGCCUGGAAAACCUGAAGACCAAACUAGAAAAUGCAGAAGAUCAACAUCUAGUAGAAAUGGAAGAUGCUUUAAACAAAUUACAGGAAGCUGAAAUAAAGGUAAAGGAGCUAGAGGUACUUCAAGCCAAGUGCAAUGAACAAACCAAGGUUAUUGAUAGUUUAACAACACAGAUCAAAGUUACUGAAGAAAAGAUUUUGGACCUUGAUGUACUUCAGAAAGCCAAUUCUGAAGGUAAAUUGGAAAUCCAGAAACUUAGCAAGCAGCUUGAGGCAGCUGAGAAACUGAUACGAAACCUAGAGACUGAAAAGAUUGAUGGGAGUAGCAAGGCUAGUAAUCUGGCCAAAGAACUUCAGGGCAAAGAGCAAAAGCUUCUUGACCUGGACAAAGACUUGGGUGUAGUAAAUCAAGUUAAAGAUUCUUUGGAAAAGGAGCUUCAACUUUUGAAAGGAAAGUUUACUAGUGCUGCUGAAGAGGCAGAAAGUGUUCAAAAAUCUAUGCAAGAAACUAUUAAAAAACUAAACCAAAAAGAAGAGCAAUUUGCACUCAUGUCUUCGGAACUGGAUCAGUUAAAAUCUAAUUUGACAGUUAUGGAGAAAAAAUUGAAAGAGAGGGAAGAAAAAGAACAGCAGUUGUCUGAAGCUAAAGCCAAACUCGAGAAUGAUAUAGCAGAAAUAAUGAAGUCCUCGGGAGAUAGUUCUUCUCAGCUUACAAAGAUGAAUGAUGAGCUGCGGUUAAAAGAAAGGAAGCUAGAAGAACUACAAAUUCAGCUUACCAAAUCAAAUGAAAAGGCAGCUCAGCUGCAGGAAAAUGUGGAACAGACAACACGUAACGCGGAACAGAACCAGCAGGAAAUACUUAAGAAUCAUCGGGCUGAACUGAAGAAAAUGCAAGAUCAAUUAGUAGAUCUGGAAAAGCAAAUUGAGAAAAGCCAAAAUCAGAAUAAGGAUCUGCAGAUGACGCAUGAAAAAACCAAUUCUGAGAUGAUCGCUGAGCACAAUGCAGCCAUCAAAGAGCUUAAACAGAAUCUGCUGGACACAGAAGAGAUGCUGAAAAGUGCAAAAGAGAAAAACAGCGACUUGGAAAAACAGGCUGAGGAGCUGAAAAAACAAGCAGAACUUGCCAAAUCUUUAACUUCUGUGUUAGCAUCAGCCAAAAAAGAGAUUGAACUAAUGUCAGACGAGAUGAGGGGUUUGAUAUCAGAGAAGGAGAUUCUGGCACAGGAGGGAAAUGCUUUAAAGUUAGAGAAAGGUUCACUAUUAUCAAAACUACUAGAGUUGGAAUCCAAGCUUAUGUUGUUGCAACAAGAUCAGGAAAAGCUUUGGACAAUAAAUGAAGAACUUGAUUCAGAAAAUAAAAAGAUCUUAAAGGAAAAGCAAGAAGCUGAAACUAAAAGUCAACAGGAAAGCACAGAAAAGGCAGCAUUAAUUUCUGAGAAACAAAAGUUAUUUAUUGAAAUAGGGACAACACAGAAAGAUCUUCUAAAAAUAAGUAGAGAAAAUGAUGCUCUACGCUCUUCAGAAUCAGCGCUGCUCCAACGGCUGGAAGAACUGGAGGAUAAUCAGAAAAUGCUUUCUGAGGAGAAUGCUACUCUUCUUAAAGACAAGGAUGAUGUCAUCCAGAAGCUGAAAAGCUCUUAUGAAGACCUGGCCAGAGAUCAAAAGGAACUCCUGCAAGAAUUAUCUGCUCUGGCUGCAGAGAGAAAUUCAGUCUUGGAUAAAAAAUUGGCUCUUGAAAGCACACAUGUGGCCUUAAAAAAUGAAAGGGACGAUCUGUUGCAAAAAAGACAAGACCUGCAAUCUGAAAAGGAAGCACUUCUUAAAAGUCAGGAAGAGCUGCAUUUGAGCUUAGAAACUGCUCUUAAUGAGGAAAAGGCCCUAAAUAGGAAAACUGAAGGACUGCAAGCAGAGCUAGAUGCUGUGAUUAAAGAACUUAAAAAAGCUACCAAAGACAAUGUAGAGUUGCAGGCCUCCUAUGCUAGUCUCUCUAAACUGCUUGAAGAGAUUAAAGCCAGUAGGGAGUCAACAGACUCCGAAUGCAUCCAGUUAUUACAAGAGAAGGAAGCUCUCUCUUCAUCUGAGCGGAGACUUUUGUCUGAAAGGGACGAACUUUUACAUGAAAAUAAGGCAAUUGCGGAAAAGCUUGCCAAGACCUCAGAAGAUGCCACCCUUGCUGAGAAAGCUGUAAAUGAGAAGAUUAGUCAACUGAGCAGAGAGAAGGAAUUGGCUUCUCAGAAGUCAGUGAAACUUAAAAAGCAGAAUGAUGCCCUUCUCAAAGAAAAGGACAUGUUAGAAACCAAAUGUGCAGAGCUGCUCACUGAAAAACAGUCUUCUGCAAAUGCACUGUGUGACUUGAAAAGAAAACAUGAGCUGGACAUCUCAGCCAAGAAAGCACUCGGUCAAGAGAAGGCAAAGCUCCUGAGUGCCGUUGAAAGCCUCAAGAGAGAACUGGACAAGAAAACCCAAGAAAAUCAAGAUCUAGUAGCCUAUAACUGUGAACUUUCAAAGUGUCUGAAAGAGGCUCAGAGUGCCAAAACACUGCUAGGAAAUGAACUUUCUGCUGUUUCGCAAGCCAAGCAAGUUCUGAUGGCUUCCUUCAAAACCUGUUCCUCCAGUAAGGAAAUGCUAGCCAAAGAGAGGACUGAAUUGCAAGAAGAAUGUCAGAAAUUAAAUGAAGAGGUCAAAAUUAUGCAGGAGAAUUUAACAAUAGAAAGGGAAGCUAGAAAGCUGGAAAAAGAUUCAUUCUUAUUGGGACAUGCAGAACUUCAGAACACCAUCAGCUUCUUAGAGAGGGAGAAGGAGCAGCUAACAGUUAAAAAUAAAGAAUUGCUGUCUGAGAAACAACUGCUGGUUCAGGAGAAACAAAAAUCUGAAUCCAAACUAGAGGAAAUCAUUAAAGAAAAGGAGGUUCUCAGCACAGAGACUGAUCAACUUGCCUCCAAUAUUGAAAAACUAAAGAGUGAUUUUGCUUCAUUGACUAAAUCGAAGGCAGAGCUCCAGGACUUGCAUGCCUGUCUCUCCAAUAUCCUAGAAGAUCUUCGGCAUAGCCAUGAGGUGACUGAAUUGGAGCGAACGAAGCUGCUCCAGGAAAAUGAGAGCCUGCUUGCGGAACAGAAGAAUCUGAUCAUGAUAAAGGAAGAAAUAUUGAAAGAGAGAGAGAAGUUUUCUGAGGACUAUUACAAACUGCAUGAGGAAGUAAUGCUUUUAGCACAAACUAAUGGUGACCUUUCAGCCAACCUACUGGUGUUGCAGAACAAAAAUCAGAUGCUACUGGUGGAGAAGGACAAACUUGCUUUGAAACUAAAAGAAACUGAGGCUCUUCAGACACAUACAGCUGCUAAAAUGGCAGAAGAUGCUUUGCAGGUAGUGGAGCAGGUGACCAAAGAGAAGGAUGCCCUUCAUCAAGAAAAGAUCGAUACACUGGCCUCCUUGGAGGACUCCAGACAGACAAAUCAGAAGCUUCAAAAUGAACUGGACAAACUUAAACAAAACAGCCUGAAAAACGAAGAGGAACUUAACAAGUCAAAAGAGCUUCUAAAUCUGGAGAACAAGAAAAUGGAAGAAUUUAGAAAAGAAGUAGAAGCGCUGAGACUGGCGGCUGCUCAGAAGUCCCAGCAGCUCACAGCCCUGCAAGAAGAGAACAUUAAACUUGCCGAGGAGCUGGGCAGGAGCAGGGACGAAGUCACAACUCAUCAGAAGCUGGAAGAGGAGAGAUCUGUACUUAAUAACCAGUUGUUAGAGAUGAAAAAGAGAGAAUCCGUAUUAAAAAAAGAAAUAGAUGAAGAGAGAGCUUCUUUACAGAAAUCCAUCAGUGUUACUAGUGCCUUGAUCACAGAGAAAGAUGAAGAACUGGAAAAACUCAGAAAUGAGAUCACAGUGCUCCGUGGAGAAAAUGCCUCUGCAAAAACCUUGCAGUCAGUAGUUCAGUCAUUGGAGUCUGAUAAGUUGAAACUUGAGCAAAAGGUGAAGAACCUGGAGCAGAAACUCAAAGAGAACAAGAAACAGCCUUCUUCUAUCACUAGCUCCUCAGGUGACACUGCUGCUAAUCCACUCCAAGAAGAAAAAGCAGAGGAGAGCCAGAUUGACUUCCUGAAUUCAGUAAUAGUGGAUCUUCAAAGGAAAAAUGAAGAAUUAAAGUUGAAGGUGGAAAUGAUGUCUGAAGCAGCUCUCAAUGGCAAUGAGGAGAUAAACAAUUAUGACAGCGAGGAUGAAAAUCAGUCAAAGAAAAAACCUCGCCUCUUCUGUGAUAUUUGCGACUGCUUUGAUCUCCAUGAAACUGAAGACUGUCCAACUCAGGCACAGGCAUCAGAUGACCCUCCCCAUUCGACUUAUCAUGGCAGCAGAAAAGAAGAGCGCCCCUAUUGUGAAAUCUGUGAGGUGUUCGGGCACUGGACAACCAAUUGCAAUGACGACGAGACCUUCUAA